CUUCAAAACACGUUCUUAUUAUGCUCUAAUAAAGGGAGACAUCACUGAUUCACCAGGCAAAAAGCCUGUUACUCUUUGAAAACCCUCCUCCUCACCCUCGGUGCUACGGAGAAAAGACUUGAACAAGUUACAUGGAGCGUGCUUUCCUUUUGAUGUGGGUCAUAAUCGGUUCCAUAGCGGGGACUGGAAGUGGAGCAGACAAAUGUAGUGACCCACCAAGCAUUGAGUUUGCUGAGUUUACCACAGAAAACUACAUGGUGAGCAGUACAGCACGAUAUGCAUGUGAAUUUGACUACAGAAAGAGAAGUGGGUCAUCAGGAGUGAUUGCAUGCAAGAACAUAUCUGGGCUCGUUCAAUGGGAAUACGACACCAAGUUUGAAUGCAUCCAUAUCUCCAACUUGUCCUCAUUUCCAAGCCUCCCAGAAAGAACAAGGAGCAGCAGGCCUGAGACCUCACAAGCUGUAAAACAACUUGCGCCAAAAGGGUUCUGCGGGCUGCCCAGGCCUGUUCAACAUGCUAGCGUCACCGCAUAUUCAUACCCCGUGGGGCAGAAACUGCAGUACAACUGUCUGCGAGGCUAUGACGCUCGACCCCCAACCUCUGCCAUCACCACAUGUGAAAUCACGACAAAGUGGACCACACUACAUCUGCGGUGCACCAAUGACAGUACGGCCGAUCCAACUCACAUUACACCUACAACGCAUCCCGCGGCAGGCGUAGCCGAUCUGUCCCAUUUUCCACCUAUGAAGUUUCCAGUAACAGUGACGACUAAGCCGUUCCAUUUGACAUGUAGGAUGGCUGUAAUAACAGCUGUUACGAUCUCUGUCGUGUUGCUGAGUGUCUUCAUCUCUGCGGGGUGGAUCUUCGCGAAGUAUGUGUAUUGCUACAGGACAAGAAAGAGGAGCUUUGUAGAAGAUGCAAAUAUUAAGAUGGCCAAUUGGACAACCUCUUCUCCAACUGCACCAGCAAGACAAGAAGUAGGAAGUGAGGAAGAAGGUCAAAGAUUCAAGUUGAAUGUCUGAGGGGGGAGAUGAUAUUUUGCUUGAAGGUACAUUGCAGAGGAAUGCUUUUGACCACAACCAACAGCCAAGACGUCUUAGCUUGCACUGGCUGGGAAAGCCUUACAGUUUGCCGAAUACAGGCCGUACAGAA